AUGAGACAGAAAUCUCGUACAGUCCACGAGGGAGUGUAAAAUACAUUAUAAAGCGUCGAUUACAACGAGUGCAUAUACUAGUGUAUUCUCACAAAGAAGAAAUUCAUUGGUAAGGGUCCAAGGUAUAUCUACUUAUUUAAGAAUCACAUCUGUAUUGGAAAAUCUCCCAAGAUGCAAAUUCCUGAGAGGUAGUUAGUAAUCAAUACGGACACUCGCAUUUCGUGGCAAUACUCAAAAAGCAUGUUAAAAUCAAUAACCUUUUAAGUUGGAAGCCAUUCCUACGAGUAUUUUGGAAGCAACGAAUAGCUAAGGGAAAUCAAAUAGAAGUUCGCUUUGUAUGCAUUUCAAAUGAAAAUACAGGAUGAAUAUCAAGCUGAAUCGGUUUUAGGCAAGGGUUCUUAUGCCACUGUGCUUGAACUAACCAAUUUGUAUAAUCAUCAAUAAUACGCAGCCAAAUGUAUAGAUUAAUAGAAAAUAAACGAAAAAAAAAAUGGGUAUCGUCAAUUGAUGCAAGAAGUAGAGACUAUGCGAAUUCUCUCUGAACACAAGCAUUAGAACAUACUCCAAUUGCAUGAAUUGUAUAUUGGAAAUCAAAACUAUUACUUGGUCAUGGAGUUAGCCAAAGGUGGGUCUCUCUUAUCGUUAAUGAAAAAGAGAUCCACCUUAUUCAGUAGGAGUGACAUCAGAAUAAUCAUGAGAUAGCUGUUAGAAGGACUGGAAUUUAUUCAUUCAUUCAAUAUCAUGCAUAGAGACUUGAAACCUGAAAAUAUUUUAUUCAUGUCAAAAGAGUUGGAAUCUCUCAAGAUAGCAGACUUUGGGUUGGCACAAUCUUGUGAUUAACAUCCUUACACUUAUCCCAAAUGUGGUACUCCUGGCUUCGUGGCUCCAGAGAUUUUGGAAUAAGAUUCAGAGUUUGCAAGAUACUCGACUGUUUGUGAUAUCUUCAGUGCUGGAGUCAUCCUUUAUGUUUUAUUAGUUGGAGAACCUUUGUUUGAAAAAAAAGACAGACGAGAAUAAUUGGAAUUAAAUAGAAGAUGUGAGAUUAAUUUCCAAAGAUUCUCAUAAGAUUAGUUGGAUGAUGUGGAGAGAGAUUUGAUGUCCAAAAUGUUAUCAAAAAAUCCACAUCAUAGAUGGAAAGCUACUGACUUACUAAAACAUAAGUUCUUUAUACAAUCUGAAGACCAAAUUGAAAAUGAGAUUGAUUAUCCAAAAUAGGUCAACAUGGCCAUACUUAAAAAGUCAGCUAUGCCUACCUUUUCGAAAAAUCCAUUCAUGCAAUCAAUAACCAGGGAUAAAGCAUUAACAACAAGAGAUUAAAGUUAAACCCUUGUCACUAGACCUAAGAAUUGUACAUUAAUUAUGUAGACAAAUCUACAUUUUGAUAAAUCAUCCUAGGAGCAGAUUAUUCCACUCGAAAAACUUACCAAUUUUAUUGGAUCUUUCAAUUUAAUUAAGGAUGAAAUAAAUUAAUGAAUUUCUAUUCUGUUAUUAUAUAAAAAAUAGUUGCAUAUAAAAUAA